AAGCAAGACUUCCUGGGUGAUCAGCAAUUCAAGGCUAUUGUCUCAUGAAUUAGCAGCAUGCUAUGGUUUAAAUUCUGCUGGAUUGGAGGUCAGAGUACCUGGGUGUGAAUCCUGGCUGCUACUUUCUGACUCUGUGAUCUUGGGCAAGUCACUCAACCUCUGGCAUCUCAGUUUCCUCAUGGGAAGCUAUCAGAUCAUCCAGCUGGACCAUCUUUCUCUUCCUUACUUAAGGACAAAUUAGAAGGUGAUACUCCGGGGAGGGGGUGGAGCCAAGAUGGCCGCAUGAAGGCAGUGUCUUACCGGAGCUCUCUCACAAGGAGUAUAAAUAGCUGCUGAAAAGAGGGCUAAGUACUUGAAAGCAAAAUGAGGCUCUUAGUGUUGCUUUCAGUCCUUGGGGCCUGCUGGGCACAGUAUGAUCCCCAUCUGCGCAAUGGCCAAACAUCUAUUGUCCACUUAUUUGAAUGGCGCUGGGAUGACAUUGCUCUCGAAUGUGAACGUUACCUAGCUCCCAAUGGCUAUGGGGGUGUUCAGGUCUCACCUCCACAUGAGAAUGCAGUGAUCACUGACCCUUUCAGACCUUGGUGGGAAAGAUACCAGCCAAUUAGCUACAAGAUAUGCUCACGGUCUGGAAGUGAAAACGAAUUCAGAGAGAUGGUGAGGAGGUGCAAUAACGUUGGAGUGAACAUUUAUGUGGAUGCUGUAGUGAAUCAUAUGUGUGGGAGUGGUGUGAGUGCUGGAACUAGUAGCACUUGUGGCAGUUAUUUCAAUCCUGGAAAUAGAGACUUUCCUGAAGUUCCAUACUCUGGCUGGGAUUUUAAUGAUGGUAAAUGUACUACCUGGAGUGGGGAAAUUGAAAGCUACCAAGAUAUUUAUCAGGUUAGAGAUUGCCGUUUGACUGGGCUUCUUGAUCUUGCCCUGGAGAAAGAUUAUGUGCGUUCCACCAUAGCCGACUAUCUGAACUUCCUGAUUGCCAUUGGUGUGGCAGGGUUCAGAAUUGAUGCUGCCAAACAUAUGUGGCCUGGAGACAUCAAGGCAUUUCUGGAUAAACUGAACAAUUUAAACACAUACUGGUUCCCUGAAGGAUCUAGACCAUUCAUUUACCAGGAGGUAAUUGAUCUAGGUGGCGAGCCAAUUACAAGCAGUGAAUACUUUGACAACGGUCGGGUUACAGAAUUCAAAUUUGGUGCAAAACUCGGCACAGUUAUUCGAAAGUGGAGUGGAGAAAAGAUGGCUUAUUUAAUUAACUGGGGAGAAGGUUGGUCCUUGAUUCGUUCAGACAGAGCACUUGUCUUUGUGGAUAAUCAUGACAACCAGAGGGGCCAUGGAGCUGGAGGAGAUUCCAUUCUUACCUUCUGGGAUGCCAGAUUGUACAAAAUGGCAGUUGGAUUUAUGCUUGCUCAUCCUUAUGGACUUACGCGAGUGAUGUCAAGCUACCGGUGGUCAAGAUACUUUGAGAAUGGACAGGAUGUUAAUGAUUGGAUAGGACCACCUAAUGACAAUGGAGUGAUUAAACGAGUAACUAUCAAUGAAGACACUACUUGUGGCAAUGACUGGGUUUGUGAACACAGAUGGCGUCAAAUAAGGAAUAUGGUUAUUUUCCGUAAUGUAGUUAAUGGCCAGGAUUUUACAAAUUGGUGGGAUAAUGGAAGUAACCAGGUGGCUUUUGGCAGAGGGAAUAGAGGAUUCAUUGUAUUUAACAAUGAUGACUGGGAAUUGUCAUCAAAUCUGCAAACGGGUCUUCCUUCUGGAACCUACUGUGAUGUCAUUUCUGGAGAUAAAAGUGACAACCGUUGCACAGGAAUUGAAGUCUACGUUGGCAGUGAUGGUUAUGCUUACUUCAGUAUUAGCAACAAUGCUGAAGACCCAUUUAUUGCCAUCCAUGUGGAUGCUAAAUUAUAAUAAAUUACUGGAUAAAUAGCGUUUCCAGAAAUAAUAAGCAAAAUCAAAUCCCAUAAUGAUCAAUUCCCAUUUCUUAGAUAUGUAGUACUGACAAUCAUGAAAUUUUCUGCUAAUGUCAAAAAAUACUAUCAAAAUAAACCUGAAAUCUUGACAUUUAAAGUGUAUUUUAUGUAAUAAUUAGAAUGUAAUGAUUAAAUUCUCUGUUAGUUCCAAUUAAAAGUGACAUGGAGAAAAUAACCAAA